AGUUCGCCAGUGAUGGACGAUGGGGGUGAGACGGUUGUGACGAUCGAAUUCUCACGUUUCUCGGUAGAAGUGAGAUAGAUAGGAAUAGAAAGAGAGAGAAAGAGAGAGAGAGAGAGACUGUACAAGAGAAGUAGACUGUACGCCGGCGGUCUUCUGUAAUCGGCGUGACGUUAAUUUUGACGUGCGCGAGUGAGUGCGUGAAUUCUUAGAUUUCUUCGCGUCGUCGUCAUUGUUGUGAUCGUGAUCGUCGUGAUCGUGAUUAUCAUCAUUGUCGUUAUCGAAUCGUGCGUCUUCCGUAAGUCGCCGUUCCGUUUGAUUCGAGCACCGCCACCUUCUUCAACCACCUCCAAUCUGAAUCAAUCAGAACGUUCUUUCGAUCCGAAACAGGCGGCGGCUCAUUCGCGAUUAUCUUUCUUUCGUUCGUCCGUACGUACGUACGUACGUACAUAGAUUCGUUCAUUCGUGAUUUCAUCCGAUCUUCAAUCUGUCUUUUCAUGUUCCUUGUUUCUUCGAAAUCAUCAAGGAGGAACAAUCACGUACACGCGUACGUAAGUAAGUGUCGUCAACGCAACGGAACGACGCUCUCGCGUGCCUUCAAGAAAUAAAUACCAACAUAGAUGUAUCCUAACGUGUAUAUGUACAUCUUCUUCGUAUUCCUCGAUUUUUCGUCUCCUGUUCAACGUUGAUCCUGUAAAGAAAAAAGAAAAAAAAAACGAAAAAGAAAAAAAACAAAAAAAAAAAAACGUGGGUGCCAAGGACAUUCGUCUCUUUCGGAAAAUAAAGGAGAAGCGGAAGAAGAUUGUAAUAGAAUCAUGUAAAAUUAUUUGGAAAUUCUAUUUGGAUUCUACCGACUGAUUGAUUGAUUGGUUGAUUGAUUGGUAAAUAUUAAUAAUCUUCGGAUAAGAAAAUAAGGUCGAAAGAACGUUCGUUUUUUCGAAAGCGAGAAAUAAGGAAAAUUAGGUGAUGCACUCGGGAUUAAGAGGGCCAGGAUUUGAGGGAAAAUGUUUCGCUCCAAGAUUCGCAUUCACACGUGUCAAGUGAUUCUUCUAACGUCUUUGGUAUGGUUUCUGGUAGACGUGAUGGUACUUAUGUUCUAUUCGGAUUGUAUCGGAGGAUCCGGAUGGGGUUGUUCCGAUACGAGCAAGCAAACACCAACGGAAGAAAAUCAGCCACAUCCUCAAGCAAUGAAAAGAGAAAUUGUCGAUCUACAAUUAUAUAAUAAAAGAAAGUAUAAGCAAUCGGAAUUACAUUUAUGGAGACCGUCGAAAGUCGUUAGAGAAAAUAAGGGUAGUCCAGGUGAAAUGGGAGCAGCUGUACAUAUUGCUCCUGAACUCGAAACUAAACAACAAGAGUUAUUUAAAUUGAAUCAAUUUAAUCUAAUGGCUAGUGACAUGAUUUCUUUACAUCGUUCUUUAAAAGACAUUAGACUCGACGGUUGUAAAACGAAAAAGUACAACAAGUAUCUUCCGGACACUAGUAUCGUUAUCGUCUUUCAUAACGAGGCUUGGAGCACUUUGUUACGUACCGUUUGGUCCGUUAUCAAUAGAUCACCUAGAUCGUUGUUAAAAGAGAUUAUUCUCGUUGAUGACGCUAGUGAACGAGAUCAUUUAAAAAAGGAUUUAGAAGAAUAUGUUAAAACUUUACCCGUACCAACGUACGUCUAUCGCACAGAGACAAGAUCUGGUCUUAUAAGAGCUAGACUAUUAGGAGCGAAACAUGUGAAAGGUCAAGUUAUAACAUUUUUGGAUGCACAUUGUGAAUGUACGGAAGGAUGGUUGGAACCAUUGCUUUCAAGGAUAGCAGACGAUAGGACAAUCGUUGUAUGUCCGAUCAUCGAUGUAAUUAGCGAUGAUACGUUUGAAUAUAUACCUGCUAGUGAUAUGACUUGGGGUGGUUUCAAUUGGAAAUUGAACUUUCGAUGGUACAGAGUCGCACAAAGAGAAAUGGAUAGAAGAAAUGGGGAUAGAACAGCUCCUCUACGUACACCAACAAUGGCAGGGGGUUUGUUUUCUAUAGAUAAAGACUAUUUCUAUGAACUUGGUGCGUAUGACGAAGGAAUGGACAUAUGGGGUGGUGAAAAUCUUGAAAUGAGUUUCCGAAUAUGGAUGUGUGGUGGGACAUUGGAAAUUGCAACAUGCUCACACGUUGGACAUGUAUUCCGUAAGUCAACUCCGUAUACCUUCCCUGGUGGUACCAGCAAGAUAGUGAACCACAACAAUGCGCGCCUCGCAGAGGUCUGGUUGGACCAAUGGAAGUACUUCUAUUACAACAUUAAUCCAGGUGCAAGAAAUGUAGUCGUUGGAAAUGUAUCAGAACGAAUAAAACUAAGAGAACGUCUUAAAUGCAAAAGCUUCAGGUGGUAUCUAGAAAAUAUUUAUCCUGAAUCACCAAUGCCGCUAGAUUAUUAUUAUCUUGGUGAUGUUAAAAAUGUUGAUACGCAUACCUGUUUGGAUACCAUGGGUAGAAGAACAGGAGAAGUUGUUGGCAUUAGCUAUUGUCAUGGACUAGGUGGUAAUCAGGUGUUUGCUUAUACGAAACGACAACAGAUAAUGUCGGAUGAUAUGUGCCUUGAUGCAGCCAGCCCACAAGGUCCAGUUAAAAUUGUUCGUUGCCAUGGGAUGGGUGGUAAUCAAGCAUGGGUCUACAAUGAAGAGACAAAGAUGAUUAGGCACACAAAUACAGGCCAUUGUCUGUCAAAACCACGUUCAGGAGAUGCCUCGCAGCCUGUUCUUGCACAAUGCGAUCCACAUAAUGCUGGACAAAAAUGGAUUAUGCAAAGUAAAUUCAAAUGGCAAGCUAGCUAAUAUACAUUGAGCUUAAGUGCAGACCUCUAUACAAUAUUUGUUAAUAUAUUUAAUAGAUUAUAAUCAAGGAACUGACCAUAAGAUAAUAUCGCGGCAGAAUGAUAAGUAUUAUGACUGAUAGAAACAUAAUCGCUGUAUUAUGUUUUGUCAAUUCAUUGAAUUGAUAUAUCAAUGAAAUAGACAUUGGGAAAGAAAGUAGCUUCAUGUGAAUUUCAUAAUAAGAACAAACGGUUCGCGAGUUGAAUAAUUCAUUUAUUUCUUAAGAUAAAUAUUAAUUAGACUUUACUAAGACCAUGGUGUUUAGUUACUGCCAUUUCUUAUGGUAUGCCUUGAUUAAUGUAUGAGAAUAAAAGAAGUAAAUUUCUGACUGUGUGAGAACGUGCAAGAGUGAUACUAAAAAAGGAAAAAGAAAAAAAAAAGAAUAAGAGAAUGAACUCUUUAGUAAGCAGUAACAGAGAAAGCAUAUCAGAGACCACUGUUAUAAAUAAAUACUUGUUAACGUAAAAAGAAAGAGAGACGUAUUUGAUAAUUUGGGGUGCGUGCAAUGGCGGACGUUUGAAAGAUAUUAAUCUAUAUGUGUGAAGAAAAAAAAAA